GAAGGCAAAAGGCUGUGGAAUUGAGACGUCUGCUCUGUUCUUUGUUGACGGUUUGAUUCGGCUUUAUUCAGUUAUUAUUAAAACUGUUGAAUAAUUUUUAAUUGAAAAUUUAUUAUAAGGAUAGCCAUAUAAUAUCCUAAUGUUGUUUUAGCUGAGCACUAGUUCUCAGCGUAGUUCUUAUUGCAUUCCAGUGAGAAUGCUGUAUUUAUUAGCAGUGGGUGGAGUUUUAGUUCUGUUAUAUUUUGCAAAAAAAUACUUUGCUGGAGGGGUUUGCAGGUGUCGUACUGAUCUUAGUGGAAAAACUGUUAUUAUCACAGGAGGAAAUUCUGGAAUUGGAAAAGCUACAGCUGCUAUUUUAGCAGCUCGAGGGGCAGUGGUAAUAAUAGCCUGUCGUUCUGUUAGCAUUGGCCGUGAAGCUCUAGAGGAUAUCAAAAACAUCAGUGGUAGUCCUUACAUAUCUUGCGAAGAGUUGAAUCUUGCAUCGUUCGCCAGUGUUAGGGCUUUUGUAGACGGACUCACGAGUAAAGGCAUAAACAAUAUCUACGCUCUGAUAAAUAACGCUGGAGUGUUCUAUUGUCCGUAUAGUGUCACAGAGGAUGGCUUUGAAAUAACAUUCCAAACAAACUACCUUGGUCCGUUCCUGCUGACUAAUCUACUCUUGAAGGCAGGCUUGCUGGGCAAGGGGUCACGUGUCGUGAACGUGUCGUCGGAGAGCCACCGAUUUGUCAACGAUUACAACGUGAUCAGUCAGCGCGUGAUUGUUGCGGGUGACGUCAGCCCCGAAUUGGACCAGUUUAUACGCUACGGCCAGACCAAGUUCUGUCUCAACCUGUUCACGUUGCAGCUGGCUGAGCUCAACAAAAACACAAUCUAUGCGUUCAGCGUGAACCCGGGAAACGUGGAGACAGGCGUUUUGCGUCACUUUUUGGCCAGCGAUCGGGCCAAGUGGUGGCCGCUGUUGAGCAUUUUGCGUCCUCUUUUGGUCAAGACACCCCACCAGGGAGCACAGACUGUUGUGCACGUCACACUCUUUGCCGAGCACCAAGCACAACGUUUGUCCGGCGCCUAUCUCAGUGACUGCAAGCCGCACGAGCCAUCCAAACUGAGCCAAAGCAACCUGCUCGCCGAAGAAUUGUGGUACAUCAGCUUGAAGUGGAGUGGUCUGGACAGCUGAUCUCCACUCUUGCAUUCAGCUGAGUUCCGCUCUUUCCCCAAUCAGCUGAUUUGCACGCCUCUUUCAUUCAACUGUUUCAGACACUUCACUCGCCAUUAGCUGUUUCACCCUCUUUUCUCCAUUCUCCGAAUCUGCUGAUUCUUUCUGCUCUCCCAGUCAGAUUAUUAAUUUGUACUUAAUUUUUUAAUAAUAUUUGUACUUAGAUUUUUUUUCUUUUAAUCCGCUGAUUCCUGCUCUUCUCCCAAUCAGUUGAUUCACAUACUUCUCCCAAUCAUAUGAUCUCCUGUCUUCAUCAGCUGAUCGUCUACUUCCACUCUAAUCAGCUGAUCUUUGACUUAAACUGAUCAGCUGUUCGUUAACUUUUGCUCUAAUCAGCUGAUCUUUGACUUGACCAAAUCAGGUGAUCCUUAAUUUCUGCACUAAUCAUCUGAUCUUUGACUUCUGCUCUAAUCAGCUGAUCUUUGACUUAAACUAAUCAGCUGAUCGUUAACUUCUACUCUAAUCGGUUGAUCUUUGACUUGUCCUAAUCUGGUGAUCGUUCACACCCGUGUUAUAACACGUUGCUGAUUUGUCCUGAUCAGCUAAUGAUCAACUACUACUCUAAUAAGCUAAUCGUUAACUUUUUGCAAUCAGCUGAUCCUUAACUUCUGCUAUAAUCGACUGAUAGUAAACUUGUCCUAGUCAGCUGAACGUCAACUUCUGUUCUAAUCAGUUGAACAUUAACUUCAGCUUUAUCAGUUGAUCGUUUACUUUUGUUUCAAUCAGCUUAUCGUCAAUUUCUGUUCUAAUCAGUUGAACAUUAACUUCAGCUUUAUCAGUUGAUCGUUACUCUUGUUCCAAUCAGCUGAUCGUCAACUUCUGUUCUAAUCAGUUGAACAUUAACUUCAGCUUUAUCAGUUGAUCGUUACUCUUGUUCCAAUCAGCUGAUCGUCAACUUCUGUUCUAGUCAGUAGAACAUUAACUUCUGCUCUAAUCAGCUGAUAGUAAACUUGUUCUAGUCAGCUGAUCAUCAACUUCUGUUCUAGUCAGUAGAACAUUAACUUCUGCUCUAAUCAGCUGAUAGUAAACUUGUUCUAGUCAGCUGAACGUCAACUUCUGUUCUAAUCAGUUGAACGUUAAAUCCAGCUCUUAUCAGUUGAUCGUUACUCUUGUUUCAAUCAGCUGAUCGUCAACUUUUGUUCUAAUCAGUUGAACGUUAAAUUCAACUCUUAUCAUUUAUCAGUUAUCCACUUAUCAGUUGAUCGUUACUCUUGAUCCAAUCAGCUGAUCGUGUACUCUUAUUUUCAAAAUGUUUAAACGGCCGCUAAAUCGGUCGUGGCAGUCGCGCGACAAACGUAUCGUGAAGGACAUCCUGAAAUCGGGCGAAUACCAGCUGGAGCGGCCCAAGGAGGGUUCGGAGUGCACCGUCAAAGUGCAGAUGGUCACUCAGAACGAGGAGCAGCAGACGGGCGGACAGCAGACAGGCGGCUACUUUCAGUCAGCCAUUGUCUGUGACGACUUUGACGGCCGAGUGGUGAUUGGAGAGGCUGAUACGGAGUUCGAUCGAGCUGUUGAAAAGGUAUUGCAGCUUAUGGACAAGGGUGAGGUGAGCAAGGUGACUGUAAAGCUGGACACGAUUGACUGUUCGGCGUGUGCCUACGUCACACUUGUCGAUUUCACACCUUCACAGUCCACCUACGCAUGGAGCAAAGAGAAGAAAAUGGAGGUGGCCAGACGCUACAAGGAGCGCGGCUGUGAGCUGUUCAAAGCGGGACGCAUUCUGGACGCGUAUCUGCGCUUUGGCCGCGCCGUGAAGCUGCUGAUCACUCUGGGCACAGAUAACGAGACGGUCAGGCCACUCUAUGUCACGCUCUGCAACAACAUGGCCUGGUGUCAGCUGGCUCGCUCGCAGCUCGAACAUGCGCUCACACUCUGCAACAAGGUGCUGGAGAAAGAGCCGGACAACGUGAAAGCGCUGAUGAGGCGAGCUGAGGCGUUCACGUGGCUGAAAGACACUGAGAACGCAGUCAACGACCUGACAAGGGUGACAGAGCUCGAGCCUCGCAACACGGUGGCUCACGAGCGACUCGUCACCAUGAAGAAUCGCCUUGCCCUUGAAACCGUCCGCUACAACAACACUAUCAAGAAGAUGUUCCGGUUUUAGCGGAAACCACACCAUGUGAAGAAGAAGUUUGUGUUGUGCUUGGUAAAUACUAUUGAGGCUCGUAUUAGAGUGUCAAGAAUUCAACAUUGUGGCUCGUCACCAUGAAGAAUCUCCUCACCCUUGGUACAAAAAAACUAUCAAGAAGAUGCUCUGAUUUUAGCGGAUGCAACACCAAGUAAAGAAGAGUUUUAUGUUGUGCUAGGUCAAUACUAUUAAGGCCCGUAGAGUGUCAAGAAUCAGGCUCACCCUCACUUCUUCUGUGUGAAGAAGAAUUGUGCUAGGUUAAAAAUAUCAAGGUCGGAAACUAAACCAUGUAAAGAAGAAUUUUGUGUUGUGCUACGUCAAUACUAUCAAGACCCGUAUUAGAGUGUCGUCAAGAAUCACACACUCACUUCUACUGUGUUUAGAAGAAUUGUGUGUUGUUCUAGGUCAAAACUUUCAAGGUCGGAAACUACACCAUGUGAAGAAGAAUUUUAUUAUUAGGAAUAUUAUUAUUCUAAUAUUAUUUCCAAUACUAUUAAGGCCCUUAUUAGAGUCAAGAAACACACACUCAAUUCUACUGUGUGAAGAUGAAUUGUGUGUUGUGUUGGAUCAAAACUAUUAAGGUCCGUAUUAAGGUGCGUACAAAUAUACACGCCGCGAACAUGAGCAAUUCACUUUUAAUCAGCUGACUAUAUCUGUAUUUUUACAGAAACGGUAUAAGAUAUAGAUAUAAAAAGCUUGGCAUCAGCUGAUUAAAAGUGAAUUGCUCAUGUUCGCAGCGCGUAAAUCUGUACGCACCUUUACAGUGUCAUGAAUCAUAUUUUUGUGUGAUAAAUGUUGUUUCAUUGGCUAAUAUAUCUAUUCCAUUAAAUUUCAUUGGUGUUUUUAAUAACUUUCCAAAGCUUUUAUCAGAAUAUAGCUGUUCUUAUACUUCUUAUUACCGAUUCUCGGCCAACAGAAUUAUCCACCGAUUGGCUGAGAAUCAGCUGUUAGUGAGUAUAAGGGUCAGACCAUAUAAAGCGUUUUUUCAGGCGUUUUUAGAGUCGGCAGGGCAGGAUGCUCUAAGAAUGGCUGAUUGAUUGGCGCCUGAGAAAACGCAUAAUAUGAUCUGGCCCUUAGCCAAUCAGAGGACAAAUUGGUAAGUGUGAAAACGACCUUUGACAAAAGUUGGUCAAAGAUACUGUUAUAUUAUAUUCAUAUUUAAAACAUGUCAGUGUUGUGAAUAUAUUUCCAUUUCAAAUUCCAGAUACUCUGUGAAAAUGUUUGAUAGUCUAAUAUGGGCCAAAGAAGAUUUUAGUGGAGUUUUGCUUUUAGUGAAAAACUUGACUUCAAUUGAAGAAUUCAGUGAAUAUUGAUUGAUGUGGGCUGAUUACUUUAGGAGUAUGCAGCCUACUCCGUUUUUACAUUAAAACCUAAAACUAAGACCAUAUUAACUGUUCGUGUUCCUAUUAUAUUCGUUCUAUAAAAUUUUGCACUGAAAAAUACUAUUAUAAGGAUGCAUUGAGAUUGGAAUAGUAAGGGCUAUAAGCCUGGUUUUCCAUGUCCAAUCAUUUUAUGAUAAUGUGUUUUUGCUUGUUUUAAUAAAUGAAUGUAUUUUAAAAAGAAACUCGUUUAGACUGAACUCAGGGUACUGAUUAAGACUUGAAUUACUGUUCAUGGAAAGCCAAAACCUAGAUUUUUGAAAUAAAACCUAGAUUUUUAAAUAAUUAUUUGUUUAGAGAAAUUCUGUAUUGUGCUACAACAAUACUAUCAAGAAUUUUUUCGCUUUUGUUGUUGACGAAUUUACUGUUUCAGAUUCCAUGAUUAGGAUUGACAUUUCUCCUCCAAAAAUGAUUAAUUACUUUCACUACAAUGUAGUACAGUACUAUUAAUGUAUUAUCAAUAUUACUGUAUUUAUCUACUGUAUAUGUAAAGGAAGGAAUUGGCUUCUAUAUGUACGGGAUACGAAAUAGUUGUUUGACGAAUCAUCGUCUGAACUGAUUAACUUGAAAUUUUGCAUUAGGAUUCUUCAUUUACCAAGAAUGGAUGUUGGCUUUUUUUAUUUCUAGUAUACAAUACUACUUGGGUACAAUACUACAAUGUACCAGCACAAAACCAUUAUGAAUAUGUUUUGAUUUAGGUAGUGAAACCCCCGUUGGAAGAGAAUUGUGCAUUGAUGAGGACUGGCUAAAUUAUUUCUGAUUGCAUACUGUCUGGGAUGUGUUGUAUUUACUAUUAUAUUAUAAUGUUAUAUUAAUGAAUAUUGAUGUUGUAUUUACUAUACGAUUUCAUAAAGUACACUUUGGGCUAUACAUUUGGAAUGAAUAAUAAGUGUUUGAUGUUUCCUUUGUUGAGAUUUAAAGUUGUUGUCUAGAUUGUAAGAUUCUGGUAAAUUUUUAAACUGUAAGAUGAACGUUCUUCCAACCAUUGGUUAAAUAUAUUCAGCUCUAAUUAUUCUUAUUAAUUGGAUACAGUUAUUUCCAUUCGUUCAUGAUUGAUGUCUAUGUAUAUUCCACGAAUAAUAAGUGUUUGAUGAUUCUGGUAAAUUUUUAAACUGUAAGAUGAACGUUCUUUCAGCCAUUUGUUUAAUACGAGGGGUAACAAGAAAGUAAGGUCUCCUAUUUUUUUUUUCAUAGAAAUGACAUUUACUUAGUAUUAUACAUCGUUUGAAAGACCAUGAUCUUGGCUAUUUUUCAACAUAAUCGCCAUUUUUUCCAACACCUUCUGCAUCCGCGUGAUGUACUUUUCUAUGCCGGUAUCAUACCACUUCCAGUCCGCUUUGCGCAGCCAGGUGUUGACCUCUUUUUGAACCUCCACGUCCGACGCAAACUUCUUCCCUCCGAGAUGUUUUUUUAGGGCGGGGAAUAAGUGGUAGUCACUUGGGGCCAGGUUGGGACUGUAGGCAGGGUGAUCAAUGAUUUUCCUGAUUUUUUUCCUGUAUUGUAUUAAGUGUAUUAUUUUGUAUACAUUAUUGCAUAAUAGUAUGUUAUUAUUCAAUUGUAUUUUUGCCUUGUAAAUGGAAAAUAAAUUUGAUUUGAUUUGAUUAGGUCCAGGGUCGUCUUGGCAGUGUGCAGGCGCGCGUUGUCGUGGUGAAAUUUCACUCCAUUGGUCAGCAUUCCCGGGCGUUUUUCUUAAUGGCACGGCAAAGCUUUUCUAAUGUCCCACAGUACCUUUCUGCAUUGAUGGUGGUUCCCUGUGGCAUGAAAUCGACCAACAAUACACUGUCACCAUCACCUUGCCGGCCGACAGUGUUGUUAUGAUUUUUUUCGGUUUUGGAGAGUCGCUGUGACGCCAUUGUUUGGACGACUCCUUUUUCUCGGGGGUGUAGUGAUGGGCCCAUGUUUCAUCCCCCGUAACAAAGCCUUCUAAAAAUUCUUCUCCUUCCUGUUCAAAACGCCGCAAAACUUUUGUCCGCACAUUCCACGUAUCUUGUGUUCUUCAGUUAGCUGUCGCGGCACCCACCAGGCAGAAACCUUGUGGUAAUGCAACCGUUCUGUAAGAAAUUCACGAAUUGAUUCUCUGCUGCACACUCCUCCAAGCUUUCCUUCCAAGUCCUUAACAGUUUAUUCAUUUAUUUAUUCACAAUAUCACAUCGGAAACCCAGUUGCACGGCGAUCUCUGAGAAUUUCUCUGAGGAAACAAUCGCAUCCGAAAGCGGCGGCCGGCCACUACUCUCUUCAUCGUGAACGUUAGUGCGCCCGGACUUAAACUCGCGGAACCACUUACGCACGUUUUCAAUGUUCAUACAAUUUUCCCCAUAAACUGCAACCAAUUCACGAUGGAUUUCAAUAGGUGUCGCCUUUUUCGCGCUAAAGAAACGUAUCACCGAACGCAAUUCGCACUUGGACGCUGACGCGAGGGGUACUUCCGUUGUUGAUGGCUGCUCAGCCAAGACUGAGCGGUCGGCGUAUACGCGCCCAGCGACAGGGUUGUAGUGGGGGAACCAGGGAACACGGCGGUGUUGCCAGAUUUCGCCUAGCGCGGAAUUCCGCGAAGUUACAGAGUUGGAGACCUUACUUUCGUGUUACCCCCUCGUAUAUUCAGCACUUAUUGGAUACAGUCAUUUCCAUUCGUUCAUGAUUGAUGUCUAUGUAUAUUCCACGAAUAAUAAGUGUUUAAUAAUUCAUUUGUUAAGAUUCAAAGUUUAUAUCUAGAGUGUAAGAUUCUGGUAAUAUUUAAACUGUAAGAUGAACUGCUCUUUCAACCAUUGGUUGAAUCUAUUCAACUCUAAUUAUUCUUAUUAUUUGAAUACAGUUAUUUCCAUUCGUUCUUGAUUGAUGUCUAUGUAUAUUCCACGAAUAAUAAGUGUUUGAUAAUUCAUUCAUUAAGAUUUGAAGUUGUUGAAGAUUCUGGUAAAUUUUUAAACUAGAAGAUGAACUGUU